GGAACGGUCUUGUUAGAAGGGCGAACAGACAAUGACAAGAUGAUUAGGACGAACCUUUUCUGCUUUGGGAGGUGGAGGUGGAGUAUAUACUCUUGCUCCAACGAGGAGCGAUUCUAAUGUGGCGGUUGAUUUCGUAGAGGACUGGAGCUGCUUCCAGAGACGAAGGACCUGGGCAUGUGAAAUGGGGUUUCCAACAGCACAGUUGGCAAGAGUUGGCUCUGUGUCCUGCUGUAGUUGGGUGGCUUGGGAGCCGAGAGUAUUCAACCCGUCGACAAUAGACGGUGUCAUGGUGAGGAGAACCAUGAUGCUGCGUCCGUCCGUCUAGUCUUCUUGGUGAUGGUUGAUGUGGUCGCAAGGGUGGUUUUCGGUGCUAGGUGUUUGGAGGGAGUUAUACGUCGGGCAGUAAUUCACCAGUAAUGUGCACUAAAGAAAACCACUACUGCAUAUAUUCUUCCGUAUAUAAAAUUAUUUAUUUUCUUUGUAGUAGUGGUGGUGAUGAUGAUGAUGCCAGCUCUUCUCAGAGCACGUGUGGAAUCGCCAAAUGGCUGCCUGCCAACCAAAUCAGGUACGUGGUGCGCUGGCCAAUGAGCGUGCGUUGCGGCGACGGGGAGCGGAUUCCGGGCUGCUCCGCAGGUCGCGGUUGCGCUGAAAUCAGCAGCGCAGCGAAAAGCGAGCUAGCAAAAAGUUUAGCUUUCUGCCGCAUCCAACAACUUCCGCCCCAAGCAACCGCCUAGUUUGCACCGCCGCGGGCAUUCGACUCCUCUGAAUUUCCAUCACCGGCGGCAUCAAUUCCACCAUCUCGAUCGAUUUCUGAUUUUUAUUUUCUUCGCUCCCGCAUCGCCUCGCCCGACAAACUCUCCCUUCUCCCAUCAUGAGCCUCCGUUCAGGGUCAGUCGUCCUCCGCGACGCCAUGUCCGGAAGAGCCGCAACUAUGCACUCUUCGUGCCGAUUGUGCAGACUGGAAUACGCUGCAGCAUCACCAACUCGACUGCAGCAGCAGCAGCGAGCGACGAUACAUUAUUCCUCGAGGAGAGACUCCGCCUGGGCCGCCGCUGUCCAGGUCGCCUCCAACAUGGUGGGCAACGUGGUCAAGCAGGCCUCCAAGGACGGCAUGCACAUUGACCCCUUGCGAACUGUGGCCAAGGAGAUGAAGUUUCUUACUGGCAACAUUCGCAAACUGCUGGGCUCUGGACACCCGGCCCUUGACAGAGUCGCCAAGUACUACACCCAGGCCGAGGGCAAGCACAUUCGCCCGCUCAUUGUUCUGCUCAUGAGCAGAGCCACCCACUUGUGCCCCAAAACACCCUUUCCCGAGCCUACGCAGAGCCUGCGAGGCAUUGACACUUCCAUUUCUCCCGCACAGAUCCUCGCCGACGUUAACCCCUCCCAGCGGCCGCUCACAGCCAGGGAGCCCGAGCUUGCCGACGGCAGCCUCGAUAUCCUGCCCAGCCAGCGCCGCCUGGCCGAAAUCACAGAGCUGAUUCACACAGCCUCGUUACUCCACGACGAUGUCAUUGACCACUCCGUCUCCAGACGAGGCUCUCCCUCGGCCAACCUCGAAUUCGGUAACAAGAUGGCCGUCUUAGCCGGCGACUUUUUGCUCGGCCGUGCCUCUGUUGCGCUGGCUAGACUGCGCAACGCUGAAGUUGUUGAGCUGCUCGCCACCGUCAUUGCCAACCUUGUCGAGGGCGAGUUCAUGCAGCUGAAGAACACGGAGAGGGAUGAGAAGAAUCCUCAGUGGUCUGAGGAGACGCUCAGCUACUACUUGCAAAAGACAUAUCUCAAGACGGCCAGUCUCAUCUCCAAGUCGUGCAGAGCCGCCGCGCUGCUGGGCAAUGCGGACAACGCCACCGUCGAGGCAGCCUACUCUUACGGCCGCAAUCUUGGCCUGGCCUUCCAGCUCGUGGACGACAUGCUCGACUACACGCGCUCGGCAAAGGACCUUGGCAAGCCUGCUGGUGCUGAUCUUGAGCUCGGCCUUGCUACUGCUCCUCUUUUGUUUGCCUGGAAGCAGAUGCCCGAGCUUGGUGCCCUGGUUGGCCGCAAGUUUGAGCGCGAGGGUGACGUUGAACGUGCCCGUGAUCUUGUUCUCCAGAGCGACGGCAUUGAGCAAACCCGUGCUCUCGCCCACGACUACUCCGAUAAGGCUAUUGCCGCACUAGCCGACUUCCCCGCGAGCGAAGCCAAGGACGGCCUCAUCGAGAUGGCCCAAAAGACGAUUCAGCGCCAAAAGUAAACACUCUACUCAAAGCCAAUAUCCUCCUCCCCUUUUGUAUAAAUACUGUAUUUUUUUCGUCAAAAAACAACAAACAACAGAAUGGAAAUGGAACCUUCGCGUGCCCUCGGCGACAGACCGAACAGAGCGGACUGUUACCCGCACGACCGUGACAGGUAACAGUGAAAGGAACGCGAUAGCUGCUGCGAGAAAAAGAGAAGAAAAUAAGUGAGAAAUAACGGAACGACACAAUUUCUUUCUUCUAGAAAAGUAAGGGAUCUUUUGUUUUUAUGGAUUGCGCAUAUAGAGCGGUUAGACGGUGACUGGAAGGCGAUUUGGGUUUACUUGACGGCACGGCGUAAUGUCCGGUUGGUGUUUGGAUAUGUGCCUACUGAAUUUCAGUGUGGUGCUGUCGAUCCAUCAUUGUAUCACGUAUAAUUUACAAAGUCUUUGAUCAUUUCCAAAAACAAACGGAGUCUGUUCUUGUGAUGUCUUGGCCGGUAUGCUUGAAGCUACCCGUGAU